AUGACGGAUGCUGGACACCCACAUCAUCUUCACUAUCCGCCGCCGCACCACCACCAGUUGCAGCAGCAUCUUCACUUUGCAGGAUGCGUACGAUGCGGCGAUAGUCAGCAUUUGUAUGCCGAAUGCCCAAAUCGACAUGCGCCCAAUUGGGUGUGGACCGCCAUUGCGCGGCUGAUAUACAGUCGUAAACCCUUUGACACGUAUUACCUCGUGGCUUCUCUGACGGGGCAGGAUCCAUCUCUCCAGCCAAUGAUUGAGUGCGUUUGGGACGCCGGCGUUUUGCUCAUGGAGCGUGCUCUUAUCUGGCCACCCAGUAAAGCCCCCUUUGAUGGCAACGACGAUCUGCAGGCCCAUGACCUCAAUAUGCUGGUGCAGCAGAUUGAGGCCUUUCUGCUGGCUCAGAACCCUGCCCUCGCCUCGUAUAUCUCAUACAUCACCACCUUUGGUCAGCCACAACCUUACGAUCACGAUCUGCUCCUGCCAGCCCCAGCACCGGCACCAACCACACGCCGGCGCUCUCGUGCAGAGCUAACAGAGGAGCAGCGUGAGGCCGUUCGAGUGCGUGAAUCAGACCGGCGACGGCAGCGUCGGUCUGACAUGUCUGGUCUUGACCUUGAACGCCUUCGGCAUCGCGAGGCAGACCAGCAGCGCAUUCGUCGGGCCACCAUGCCUGAGACAAGGCGAAACCAACUGCGCCGCUCUAAUGCGGAGCGUCAACGUGUGCGUCGAGCGCGCAUGACAUCCCACGAGAUCAUUGAUCAUCGUAAACGCAAUGCUGAGCACACCCGUCGGCGCCGGGCACAGCUGGAUGAGGCACAACUAGAGGCCAUGCGACGCCGCGACGCUGAGCGCCAGCGACGACGCCGCGCAAAUAUGCGACAGAAUGCUGAUUCAACCCGCUCGCUCGACCAACCUCCACCCUCAGAGUCCGUCUCCUCCACGGCUUUACCGAUUGAUGGCCCUUCGGUGCUUCCUCCCGCCCCAGACGUGCAACACUUGACGCCCACAGCGGUCCCACCUGCUGCUCCAGGACACUGA